AUGCCUCUUCUUACCACUACCAAACAGUACACUAACAACGCAUUGCAGAACAACCCACUCCACAUUGCUCUCUUCCCAGCUACAGGACCAGAAGGCCAAACACAGGAACGCAACAGACUCGAAUACUCUUUCAUGCUCAACUCCAGCCUCGAUAUUUUCGAAGCUCGAAUGCCAUCAAAGACAAUCGGCCACGACUUCGGCUUGCUACAUGCCCUAGACGAACGGAUCGCCCUCUACGGCUGGCUCACGAACACUGGAGUCAAGCUGGUCGUUGUGGUGGACAUGGAGGGUAGGACGGCGCCUAGCCCGGAGGCGGCGAAGAUCGCCAUCCUGGGGUUGAGGAACAGCGACUUGACACCCGCAUUCCAGGCUCUGCAGACAGCAUACAUUCGCCUCCUUCGCAAUCCAUUCUAUGUACCAGACGACCACGAUCCCCGAACUAAUCGCAAUCGAGGAUCUAUGGAGAUCACAAGCCCACGCUAUAUCAAGGAAGUGGAACGGAUUGGCAAAGCGUGGUAUCCUGGCAUUACAGCUAUUUAG